AAAAAAAAAACAGUUGACAGCACUGAAUAGCAGGCACGUUGGAUUUUCUUUCUGAAAUUUUGUAAUUACACUAUUGCGAGCGGAUACGUCUGCCUGCUGUCAUAGUUUAUAUAGAAGUUUAAGAAAUUUUAAGAAUUAAUGGAAGGUUACUCAAUAGAAAAUCAGAACGUUUCUACGUCAACCAAAUUGGAAAACAAACACUUCGCAAACAAAGAAGUUCGUAAAAUUGUUGUUCCUCGAUCAAGACAAUACGCGCUUAAGGAGCAAUGGAUGAAAAUUUUUACCCCGGUAGUUGAACAGUUAUGUUUGCAAAUCAGAUAUAACAUAAAAAAUAAACAGGUUGAAAUUCGUCUUGGUCCGGAAACGAGAGAUCCAGCUACCUUGCAAAAAGGAGCCGAUUUUGUACGGGCUUUUAUUUUGGGAUUUGAAAUUGAAGAUGCCUUGGCAUUAUUGCGUCUUGAUGAUCUCUUCAUAGAAUCUUUUGAAGUCAAUGAUGUAAAAAUCUUAAAAGGAGAUCAUUUAAGUCGAGCAAUUGGGAGAUUAGCUGGCAAAGGCGGCAGAACAAAAUUUACAAUGGAGAAUUCAACGAAAACACGUAUUGUUCUACAAGAUUCAAAAAUUCAUAUCUUAGGAAAUUAUAAAAACAUACAGUUUGCUAAACGAGCAAUAAGUCAUUUGAUAUUGGGCUCACCAGCCAGUAAAGUGCACGGAAAUUUAAGAAUUGCUGCAAAUAAACUUUCAAAUCGAUUGUGAUUUAAUAUACAACUAAACUUCAAAA